AUGAACGUGCACGAGCCUGCGCAUACGACCAAGGCGCCACGCCAUCAUCCUCCCUUACCACUCAAGCUCUCUGCGCCCUCGCCCAUGACGUCCUCGCCCUUGAGCGCUGGACAGGGAGCAUCAUGGAUCGAUUUCCGCUCGCCCCCUUCGUCCCCUAUGCCGGCGGUACGCCCUCCGAAUACGACCUCCCCCUCAUGGUCGCACCCCACCCGGGAACGGGAACGUGAACGUGAACGUGAGCGGGGAGAUGGUCGCGCAUGGGCAGGGAUCCGCCGUGCGCUGUCACUCACGAACCGCAAACGCCCUUUGCUAUUUUCCGUCGCAAAGGACCCCAAAGUGGAGGGGGACAGGGACGGGGACACAACGGAGGAGGAGGGAGGGGGGCGUGCGUUCGAGGGGCCGAGCGCAGAGGUGGAGAUUGAUGGGCUCGGCUCGCUCGCGUGGUUUCCUGCGCCGCCCGGACACGCGCCGCUGGGCCCGCCCCUGCUGCUGCUGCCGGAAGACGGGGGGGAGGAGGAAGUCCACUCGGACGACUCGCUGCCGCCGCGGACGCCCCCUUCGUGUCCGGACGACUCGCCUCUUGUGCCACACACGCUGCUGCCCCUCUCCCCUUGUGUGGCGAGACACGAACGGGCUCUCUCCCUCGCAGGGGAUCUCUCGUCCACCUCUGCACCCGCAAAGAUGGCCCACUGGCCUGCAGACCCAGCACCGCCCGCCUCCCACCCUUUCCACCACAAGAAACAGCCCUCCGUCCCGCUCUCUACCCGCACAACAUCUACAUUCCCAUACAUCUCCUCCCCCAUCUCUCCCUCCACACAGUACGCCAGCUCGUCCCUCGCGUCGCGCUCGUCCAACCGACAUUCAUCAAAGUAUACUGCCUUUUCGGGGUCUACUGGCGAAAACGAAGGCGGCGAAGACGAUAGCAUCUACUCGUACUCUACCCUCGCAUCGUCCCGCGGCGCGCACUGGCACGUCAGCGAUAAACCCGACAUCUCGACCGUCUUUGAAGAAGACCCUUCCGAUAAAGGCGGGUUCCACAACGACUUUGCCCCUCCCCCUUCAGCCUUCACUCACAAGUCGGGCUCCCAAUCCGAACGCGGUCUGCGCUACCCCGCGACAAAGCUCCACUCCCAAGCGUCGAGUAGCACCCUAGUCAGCAAAGCGACACACAAGUCUGUGCCAAACAACUACUUUUCUGUGCGCGACAACGCUUCCUUGUCCGCAACAUCCGUGAACGGGAGAGAGAGGAGCGGCACGCCUUCUUCUUCAUCGCACGGGACUGUUGUUUCGACAAAAUCUACAUCAGGCUCAACAGCGCACCCGUUCGCAAACGCCGUCGUCAGGCCUUCCACCCCGUCUUCCAAACCGAAACCUUCCUUUCUCUCUCCCCAACCUGCGCGUUCGGGUCCUACGCCUCUCACAGGCUUGUCGAGCUCCAAAUCAGCGCCCGACCUCGACUCUCUCUCCCUUCCCCUUUCCCAUACUCAAAGAGAGAGACAGAGAGAGAUGCCGCCUUUACAGCCUGUAGUCGUCUCGACGCAAGAUGAAGAUGAAGACGACAUGUGUCCGGUGUGCGUCGAGCCCAUGGGGGCGACGUAUAGGUUACCCGGGGAGAAACCGCCGAUCGUACCGGAAUGUGGACAUGCUUUGCACGAGGAAUGUUUCUCGCAUGUGUAUGGAACGCCGCCGCCAGAGGGGUCGAGGAAGGUGUUGGGCGUUUGUGGCGUUUGCAGGCAGCCUAUGAAGUUGGCUGAGGGUGGUGCCAAGAAGGAUAAACUCUCAGCGUUGAUGGGUCAACCGAAAUCGGGUGGGAGCGUGCCAGGCAAUAGGGCGCUACCCCCGCCUUCUAUCCGGACGACAUCGUCCUCUGGCCACCCCCACCCUUCUUCCCACCCCGCGCACUCGCCAGCUACGGGCUCGAACGCGCCCAAAGACCUCUCAGCCGACGACCCCAUCUCCCGCCCUCCCCCUUCCUCCUCCCACCCUUCCUCCGCGUCAAACCCAAACACAAACGCAAACGAGAAGAACGUCAAAGUCCUCGUCCCCCAGCUCUCCAUCAAAUCCGAAUUCCCCUGCAUGCCAAAGAACGGCCGAGGGAAAGAAGGAAGGAAGGAGACGGUGACGUGUUUGGUCACUGUUACUGUGCCGUCCCCGAGGAUGGGCGAGAGGGGGAGGUAUGCGGCGAUGGUGAGGCCGGUGGUGGGUCUUGGUUUGGGGAUGGGGGUGGGCGAGGGCUCGCCGCAGUCACCGCCGUCGCCUACGUCUACAAGAGAUAUCCUCCCGUCUCCUGCUCAGCCGCCGAGUGCGAGCGCGAGCGCCAGCGGUACAGGCGGACCGGCAGACCCAUUCACCCGCGUUUUCGAAGAUCUCAAAACCCGCAUCAUCGACCCCAAAACACUCAACGCCCCUUCCCUCGGCCAGCUCAAGCUUUUCGACAUUCUGAGCGUGAGGAAGGGGAGUUUGAAAAGGGAUUUCCAUGUGUAUCUGUGUACGGACGCAUUGGUCUGUGCGGGGGAGGAGAAGAAAUCUGGGUUCAGGCAGAUCUUCUCGUCAGCCGGGGGUUCUAUGCGCAGCGACCAUUCCGGCCACUCUGGCGGCACCGGUGGCGGCAAGGGUAUGGUCCUCCGCCUCAAAGGCCGGAUCUACCUCCGCCACGUCACCGCCGUCCUCGACCAAUCCACCCCUUCCGAGCUCGCGCUCAACAUCUCGAUGGGGGACGACCACCCGGAUUCGUUCAUCCUCACUUUCCGGGAACGCGGGUCGUUUGAGACGUGGAAGACGACGAUAGGGAGGAUGAUGGAAGAGGCGAAAGGCAAGAGGGAGAGGGGAGGAGGGGGAGGGGCGGGGAAGAUAUUGGGCCCGGGGAUGCCGGGGAGUUUUACGAAUAUGGUGUCGCCGCAGCACUCGCCAUAUACACCUGGUUCCGCGGCCUUCUCGGCGUCCUCGCCCUCGACGUCGACGGUGCAGGACCUUCCUCCUCCCCCUUCUUCUUCUUCUUCCACGCAAGGGUCGACGAGCGACUUGGCGUAUACCACCCCGCUCGCACCGGUGCAUACACCGCUGGACCUCGUGCUCGUCGUUUCGCUAUCGGCCUUCGCGCCCGGGCAGAGUAUCCCGCUCAAAGUGAAACUCGUCAGGCAGAGCUUGGCGUUUACGCUCGCGCUGCUCGGGGUGAACGACAGAGUCUCCCUCGUCUCGUGCGAGAUGGGCUUGAACGGCACAUUACGCAAAACACCGUUCUUAUCGCCAUACCUCCCCCACUCGAGGCAGAGGCUCGAAGCGUUUAUCGAAACCCUCGGCCAGGGGCGUCCUUUUGGAGAUGAAGAAGGAGGCGGAGGAGGAGACGAGUUUGAAGUGCCUGUAGGGAGAGAUGAAAAGUUGGACGUGGUGACGGCGAUAAACACCGCGCUCGACGUCGUGCUUCAACGCAAAGCCAAGAACCCGCUGUCGGGUAUGGUGGUCAUCAGCGAAACGGCCGAUGGUCUGCGGAAAGCCCAGAUGGACCUCGUCACCGCCCGUCUCGAUGCCGCGCACAUCCCCGUGCAUGCUAUAGGCUACGGCAGGGUGCAUGACCCGUCGCCGCUGUGGAUCGUGACGUCGCAUACCCAAGGCGACUAUACGUUUGUGAAGGAGUGGUACCACCUGAGAGAGACGUUGGCCGGGGUGGUGGGCGGGAUGAUGAGUGUGGCGAUGGAUAACGUCAAGCUCCACGUUUCGUGUGUCGACAAUGACUUUAGAGUCAUCAAGAUUGUGGGGCCGGUGGGGACGGUGGUGGUGGGCGCAGGGAAGGAGCUGGAUGUGGAAUUGCAAGAACUGCAUUACGGCCAAAAGCGAGAAGUCAUGAUCGAGCUCGAAGUCGAAAACGCCGAGGGCCGAUAUUCUGGCGAAGGCUCUUCAGAGUCAUGGGACCCGAACGCUUCUCUCCGCCGGGCGCCUUCAUCCAACCUCGGCAUGGGCCUCCUCAGCGUCGCCGACAAUGCGUACGAAGAUGCGGUGGAUGAAGUGCCAGUAUGCCAAGUCGACCUCGCUUAUCGCGACCCCUCCGUCUCCCGCUCCGUCGCAAGGCUGGCGCACCCGCAGCUGUUGACGAUCGCCAUCUCCCCUCGCGACUAUCCUUCCGACCCGGCGAUCGUGGCCAGGCGGUUGGAGCUGUUGGCGGGGGAUAUGAUCACCCGCGCGGUCCUGCUGGCGUCGAGGAAGAAUUUCGGCCAGGCAGAGAGGAUCACGGCGGAGAUGAAGAAGAUUAUCCGCAAGAUGCAGGACAACAUCACCUACCAUUUCGCCGACGGCUCUUCUUCGAGCUCGGGCGCGGGGGGGUCGAGGAGGGAUCCAGGGCGGAGGGGCACGAAGAAGGAGAGGGAAGCGAUGCUCGCUGUGGAGAGGCUCGAGGGACCGGCGGAGAGUUUGGAGAUUCUUAUGGAUGGGAUACUUGGGGUAGGGGAGAAGGGGAGUUUGGAUAGAGAUGUGAGGGAUCACAGUGCCCAGCAGUCGAGUAUCAUGCGUUCGCAAAGAGCUUGGACGACACGGUCAUUGCUCGAAGCCGACUACUGCGUACCCGAGGUGCAGAAUAUCAUCCAACUAUGUGGGGAGUGGCAGUCUAGGUUCUGA